UAUUUUCGCAAACUUCUGUAAAUAAAAUUGUUAAAAAUGUUUCUUUUCAAAUCAAAGUCAAAAAAAGAGUCGAAGCUAGAGUCGAAGCUAGAGUCAAAGCUAGAGUCAAAACAAGACCAAAUUUCAUGCAAUUUUUGUUUCUAUGAAGAUUUUGAGUCACCUCCAAACAUCUUUUAUGGAUGCUUUUUUGAAAACCAGCAAAUAGUAAAUAAUCACAUUGAUCAAGUAACAUUCAUAAAACCGCAUGAACCUGGACAAAAUAACAACACCGUGCAAACAAUUACAAUCAAGAACUGUAACCUGACUCGAGUGCCAAGUGGAUUGAAAAAAAUCUUUCCAAAUUUUCAAAUUUUAGACAUUUUUUCAUCAAACAUCACAAACAUCACUAAGCAUGAUUUGGAAGAGUAUAAAGAUUUGAAAAUAUUUACUUGUACUGAAUGCAAACUUCAAUAUUUGCCUGGUGACUUGUUUGAAAAUUUCAAUAAUCUUGAGCGUAUCGAAUUUGGACUUAAUAAAAUUACUUUUAUCGAACCUAAUAUUUUGGAUGGACUUGACAAUUUAAAAGUAAUUGGAUUUUAUGAAAAGCCUUGCUACUUAAUAAGUUGUAGAGAAGACUGUUGGGGCUCUGUAGACGAAGUCAAGUCAUAUCUUUAUAAGAAACUGAUUGAAAAAUUUAAGCCAUUGCAAGAUUUAACAAUUUCUAAGACGGAACUGAAGAAACUUCAAGAAUCUGACAAAUCUUUACAGCAACAAGUUGGUCAGCUAAAAAAGAAUAAUGAAUUCUACAUUAAUGACAAUAAAAAUCACAAGCAAUCCAUUGAGUCACUGAAACAGCAGUUAGCAAACCUAGAAACUAAGAACGAGAACUAUCGAGCUGAAAACAGCCAAUUGAAGAUUUUUGGGGAGCGACAAAAACAAGAAGCAAGAGAUUUAAAAUCAGACAAAGCAAGGAUCAACAAGGAAGCUCAAAUCUUAAAGGAAAUUCAAUCAAAAUUGACCCAGCAAGUCCAAAAGUUGAAAACUACAGAAAAUAAAUUAAAUUCUGAAAAUAAUCAAUUAAAAAAUUCAAAGUCAAAGGUGGAAAAGCAGCUUCAACAAUCCAUAAGUUCUGAAAAGGAACUAAACCUUAAAAUCAAGCAUUUAAAGACAGUUGAGAAAAAUUUGACAGACAAAAAUCAACAAUUAGAGAAGUUAAAAGCGUCUUUGGCUUACGAUCUUACUUGCCACACACAAAAUGAGUCCACAAAGGAUUUCAAGAUCAUCAUUGAGUACCGAGAAUUUCCAGUUCACAAAUUUUUGAUCAUCGCUCGGAGUCCAACUCUGGCUGAAUUGCUGAAAAACAACCCUGAAGUUGAAAAUCUUAAUUUGGUCGACAUUUCUGUGGAAAUUUUUGAAAUAAUUUUGAAAUUUCUCUACACUGAUGAACUUCCAGGCGACGAUGGGACGAACUUUUUGCAUCUUUUUUUGGCUGCUGGGAAGCUGAAGAUUCAGAAACUUGUGGAACAUGCAGCAGAGAAGCUUAUUGAUCACGUUGACUCCGAGAAUGCUUUAACAAUCCUUCCAUUGAGUGUCAACUUUAAACUGCAUGAUUUGAAAGUUAAAGCAUUUAAAAUAUUGAAGAAUAAAUUCAGCGAUGUGAAGUUUGAGGAUGAAUGGCUUGACAAUCCUGAAAAGUUGAUUAAAGUUGUGGCAAUGCUGAAGAAAAAAGAGGAAAUUUUAAAGCAAUUUGAUGAAGAAUUCAAGGAAGUGACUGAAAUUAAGUGAAGCUCUUGUGAUAUUUUAAGCAUAUAUUUUACAUUAUUCAACAAUAAACGAUUUAUGACGUUCAACAGUUAGAUGGGGGGAGGGAGAG